CUCUCUCCUUUCCUCUCUCUCUCUCUCUCUCUCUCUCUCUCUCUCUCUCUAUAUAUAUAUAUAUAUAUAUAUAUAUAUUUAUAUACACAUACAUACAGAGUCACUGUUGUAGCUGCUGUUAUAUUGUAUCUGAUUCACAAGAAGAAAUAGAUGGGGAGAGCACCUUGUUGUGAGAAAGCUCACACCAACAAAGGGGCAUGGUCGAAAGAGGAGGACCAGCGCCUCAUCGACUACAUCCGCCAACACGGCGAGGGCUGCUGGCGCUCCCUCCCUAAAGCCGCCGGGUUGCUUAGGUGCGGCAAGAGUUGCAGAUUGAGAUGGAUAAACUACCUCCGCCCCGACCUCAAGCGUGGGAAUUUCACGAAGGAAGAAGAUGAACUCAUCAUCAAGCUUCAUAGCUUGCUGGGAAACAAAUGGUCGUUGAUUGCGGCGCAAUUGCCGGGAAGAACCGAUAACGAGAUCAAAAACUACUGGAACACUUACGUCAAGCGAAAUCUCAUCAGUCGCGGCCUCGACCCUCAGACCCACCGCCCGCUUAACCAAGCAACAACCGCCACUUCCACUGCUCCCGCCUCUCGCUUGGACUUGAGAAACCGUCCUCCGCCGUUGUCCGUGGUGUUUGGUCAUAAACCCAUCAACAACCACAGCAAAAUUGAAUUGUUGAAGCACCCCAAGAUGGAGCAGGAGUGCUACAAUUACAAUAUAGAAUCGGAGGCCAAUUGCUCCACCGCUACCGGCAGCGGCACCACAACCGAAGAAGACCAACAACAACAGCAGCAGAAAUACAAGUGUGGUGAUCUCAACUUGGAUCUUUCAAUUGGGUUAGAGCCGUUUCAGUCCAAACCAACUCGGGCGUCGUCUGGGAACUCGGCCGAGUCAAGACUACAUCAGAUCAUAGUUCCUCCCAAUAGUAAUAAUAAUCAUCAGUUUUUUUAAAAAGGUGCAGUCGUCGGUGGUGGCUCAGGCGGUGUGUUUGUGCUGCCAGGUUGAAUUUCAGAGCAGCGAAGCAUGCAGAAAUUGUCAGUGUAGUAGUAACAAUGGCUUCUACAGAUUUCACUGACCUGCUUUGAAUUCAUAGCGCCAUUUUAUUAUAUAUUUUCUUUUUCUUUUUUCUCUUCAUCUUAGACACACAUUUGGAAGAACAAUUAUCAUUUGAAAAUCCAGAUUUACAUAUGUUUGAAUUAGAUUUCUCAUGUUUGGCUCUUUAAGAGCAACAGAUGCAAAUUUAACAUUUACAUCUUC